UCUCUAAAGAGUCUUUUAACAUUUCUCUUUUUUAAAAUGGUGGGAUACCCUGAUUGUGCUAGAAGAGUGUCUCGUCCUCCUUUGUAAUUGAGCGCGCCUUCCCAAGGAGAAUGAAGCACUUCUUUUUCUGUCUUCUCAUGACAUGAUCACAAUACUAAACACAGUGACGUCUCAUUUUCCUUCCGUCCCAUACCCAUCCACUCUUUUAGGCAAAGAGGAAAGACUGAAGCUUUUUGGCUGCGGUUCACUUGUGAGAAAAAUAGCAGAUUAGCCUUAUCAGCCCGAUAAUUCUCUAACGCAACGGAUGGAUGUUCACGAAGCACUGGACCUCUUGAAUAAAUUGGGGGAAUGGAAGCUUGAUGGAAGAGUUAAAGAGAGGAUUAAGGACACUGGUUUUGAUGGGUUACUUAAGCUCACUACUUUUCCAAUUAACCAUGAUUUACCCCUAUUAUCUGUACUUGUAGAAUCCUAUGAUGUUAGAGAGAGAUGUUUCAUUUUUAAUAGCCAUAAACUUUUUUUUGGUUUGGAAGAUGUAUUGUAUAUCACAGGGCUGCCUGUAGAUGGUAAUCCUGUCACCGGUAUUGAUUCAAGAGGUGAUGAGCUUUGUAUGAAAUACUUGGGUUGCAAUGGUAUUGACCCAAGGAGUGCUGGUAUCACUAGUUUAGAAUGGCUGAGGGAGAAUUUUGAGGUAGUUCCUGAGACUAUUGAUAAAGAUAGUCCCGACAUUGAACCUUAUGUUCGAGCUUUUCUACUAUAUCUUAUAGGCUCUGUGGUUGUUCCUGAUUACUCUCGGAAGUAUGUCCAUGUUAUUUAUCUUUCUCUCAUGGAAAAUCUUCAAAGCAUAAAGGACUACGCAUGGGGUGCUGCUUUGCUAGCUCAUCUUCAUUUUUCACUGGAGAACUUUAAGCAACUCUAUUCACCUCGGCGAAAAAACAUAUUAAUGGGACACACCUUUUCCCUUCUGGUUUUUGCAAUGGAGCGUAUUCCUAAGCUGGUGCGGAGAUUUUUGUCCAAUGGAGUCAAUCGGGUGGAUGAUUAUCUUCCAACAAGUUUUCCUUUGUUAGCAGGAUGGACCAAACUACUAUGCGAGCCCUCCAAUACUCAUGAAGAAACCACUAGACAGGAAUAUCUUCAAAUGCUGGAUGAGCUAAUAGAGGAUGAUAUUGUUUGGCAGCCAUACAAAAGGCUUCCCUGUAAUUUUCUUCCCGAGUAUUGUGCCGGGCAGGAGAAAAUGGGCAUGUCUAGGACAAUCCUCCUUUGCUAUGAGAAGGCUGUGUAUCAUCGGCCCGAUUUCAGUCCAAAGCAAUUUGGCAUUCAGAAAGUGAAUACCUGUAUGUUGCGCCCCCUUGUUGAGUUGGAAUUAUGUCCUAAGAGGGGUCGCAAAGGAAUAAAUUGGGGAACAUAUAAAAAUUAUGGAUGUUACAAGGAGGAGUGGGAAAAUAGGGCCAGCUGCAUCAUAACGGAAUCUGUUGAAGAGGGUCCUAACUCCCCUUCUAUUGAAGCGCUUCCUACUUCGUCUUCUCUGGCCCCUGAUGACCCUAAUCCACUGUCUGCUAAGAGGAAGAGCGUUGACCAUGUUGGCAACACACUCAAGGUUAAGACACCAAAGACCUCAGGCCCCCAUGUAUAUACUUAUGGGUCCACUAACUCCUUGGAAUUAGGGAAUUCUCUGCACGCAGACUUAUAUUUUGGAGUUACUGAUGCCGCUCCUAUGGAUGUGACUCCACCUCCGUCGAUGGGGAUAUUCUCAGUGACAUCUGAUCAGGAGGAUCCUGCAACCAUUCAUCCCUCAAAUGCAAUUUCAAGCUUGCUGACUAACCUUAAUGAUUCAGGCUUAUUUCCUCCGGCCGGAUCACCCAAGUUGUUGGAUGAGUUGAAUUCUUUACAGGACGAUGUUAAUGACCUUCUUCAGGCAUCUGUUACCCAUCCUUCUGAUGUUCGUCCCACAACUAUGCCAGAAGCUGUGGAGUCUGCCAAGGAGACUAUCCGCGGAAUCCUAUGUCGAGGUUUCGAUGCCUUAGCAAACUCUGAAACGCAAGAAGCUUUUCUUGCUUCUUCAGAUGUUCUAUUGUCAUCCGGUGUCUUCCCAUCUGAUGAUUUGAAGACUAGGUUGACAGCCUUUAGGAAUGAGCUCCCGCACAAUGCUACUGCCUUUCUACAAGCACAUGCAGAUGUUGAUACAGCUACAGAGUUUUCUUCUUUACAGGAAUUCUUGGUCUCGCAAGCUGUCAAACUUCCUGCCCUGCAAGAACGCUUACACGUGGCUUCUGAGAAGAUAGCACAUCUUCGAGCAAUAUUAGAUGCUGCCCUUGAGAAGAAAACGAAGAUGGAUGAGGUUCUCGCUGCCUUUGUUGAGAAGACUAAAACUGCCAAGCAGAAAUUGGCCUCCAUGCAUCCUCAGGCCGCUGAAAUCGAGUCAAAGAAGCGGGCAUCCGAGAAGUUGAUGGAGCAAUUCAGAUCCUCUUGGGUUGACCUUAGGACUAGUUUGUUCAAAUUUUUGUGAAAACACACAAACUGAACAUUGAAGUGGCAAAUCCUUUUUAGUAUAUGUGGAAGUAACUUUUGUGUUUUUGCAAAACCUUUUAAGUA